CGUUGGAAUCUUUUUGUAUUAACGGCUGAGGUGUUGUAAGCAGGAGUUCGUUGCUCACCGGAUUUAAUUUAAAGUUAUUUGUUUACAUAUGAAUUUGUUUGUACGUUAAAAUAUAAGUUUUUAACGCCUGUGAUUGUAUUUAGUCUUCUGUGUUUUAUGAUCGAGUUAACACUCAUUUAUGUACGAAUUAUAAGCAUUAUUAUAUUAAUAACCUCGAUAUGGCGGGUAAAGUAAAAAAAGCGCCAAAAAGAAAAGGGGCAAAUGGAUAUAAAUUACCAGAUCCAAUAUCGCCUGGUGAGAUACUCAAAGAUUUAAAAGAUACUCAAUGGGUUCUUGGCAAAUCGAUCGGUGUUGGAGGAUUUGGCGAAAUUUAUUGUGCUGCUCCGUACACUGGAAAGUUUCCAAAGGAUUAUCCAAAUGUAAUUAAGAUUGAACCACAUGGGAAUGGGCCAUUGUUCGUGGAAAUGCACUUUUAUAUGAGAAACGCCAAGCCUGAUGAAAUUAAUGCUUGGAGAAAGAAGAAGAAACUUUCAAGGCUUGGUAUGCCUCCAUAUCUCGGCUCUGGAAGUCAUGAAUACAAAAAUACUAAAUACAGAUUUAUAGUAUUAGAACGAUAUGGUGUGGAUUUGUGGAAGUUGUUCGAACAAAAUAAGAGACAAUUUCCAGAACAUACAGUGUACAAAGUAGCUUUACAAAUAAUAAAUGUGUUAGAAUACAUUCACUCCAGAAAGUAUAUUCAUGGAGACAUAAAAGGGGCAAACCUAUUGUUGGAUCUGAAGUCGCCAGAUCAGGUUUAUUUAGUAGAUUUUGGGUUGGCAUCCCGUCUUACAACAAAAGAUAAAUAUGAACUAGAUCCAAAGAAAGCUCAUAAUGGAACCAUUGAAUAUGUUAGUCGAGAUGGUCACAUGGGAGUGUCAACAAUGCGUGGUGAUCUUGAAAUUUUGGGUUAUAAUAUGAUUCAAUGGUUAAACAAGUCUCUCUUAUGGGAGAAAGAUUUAUCAAGUCCAGUUAUAGUGCAAAAGCAGAAGAAAGAGGCAUUUGAAAAUAUACCAGCAUUUUUAAAGAAAACAUUCACUGAAGCUGUUCCAAGCCCUAUACUUAGAUACAUGUCUGAGUUGGCGAGUAUGAAGUUCAAUGGUAUACCAGAUUAUGACAAAUUUAAGCAAAUAUUAACAGAGGGCUUAAAGCAAUUAUCGCAUAAACCAGAUGGAAAAUUAGAAUUCGAAAGUAGCCCACGUAAACGCGAGGUAUUCAAAUCUACUACUCCGUUGAAAUCAACGAAGCCAACUGUAGAUAAUACUCGAAAAUCGCCGCGAACAAGAAAACCAAUAUUUAUUGAAGUAGAAUCUGAUGAAGAAUCUCGUAUAAGAAUAGUUAAAAGACCGAAGAAAACUAAUUCUAAUUCUAUAAAAAAAGAAGGGAAUGAUCAGGAUAAAAAUGACAAUGAAUCUGGUGAAGAGUUUCGUAUAAAAAUAAUUAAAAAGACGAAGAAAACUAGUACUAAAACCUUAAGUGGGAGAACAGCAAGGAUGAAUUAUGAAGAUGAAAAUGACGAAUCUGAUGAAGUUUUAUCUAAGAAAACAGUUAAAAGAACAAAGAAAAUUAAUUCUCCUACUGUAAGCGGGAGAGCUGCAAAGGUGGAUUAUCAGGAUGAAAAUGAAGACGAAUCUGAUGAAGUUUUAUCUAAGAAAACAGUUAAAAGAACAAAGAAAAUUAAUUCUCCUACUGUAAGCGGGAGAGCUGCAAAGGUGGAUUAUCAGGAUGAAAAUGAAGACGAAUCUGAUGAAGUCUUAUCUAAGAAAAUAGUGAAAGGGACAAAGAAAACUAAUUCUCAUACCGUAAGCGGAAGAGCAAUAAAGAUGAAUUAUCAGGAUGAAAAUGAAGAUGAAUCUGAUGAAGAAUUACCUAUGAAAAUAGUUAAAAGGACAAAGAAUACUAAUUCUAAUACCGUAAGCGGGAGAACAGCAAAGGUGAAUUAUCAGGAUGAAAAUGAAGAUGAAUCUGAUGAAGAAUUACCUAUGAAAAUAGUUAAAAGGACAAAGAAUACUAAUUCUAAUACCGUAAGCGGGAGAACAGCAAAGGUGAAUUAUCAGGAUGAAAAUGAAGAUGAAUCUGAUGAAGAAUUACCUAUGAAAAUAGUUAAAAGGACAAAGAAUACUAAUUCUAAUACCGUAAGCGGGAGAACAGCAAAGGUGAAUUAUCAGGAUGAAAAUGAAGAUGAAUCUGAUGAAGAAUUACCUAUGAAAAUAGUUAAAAGGACAAAGAAUACUAAUUCUAAUACCGUAAGCGGGAGAACAGCAAAGGUGAAUUAUCAGGAAGAAAGCGAAGAUGAAUCUGAUGAAGAAUUACCUAUGAAAAUAAUUAAAAAGACAAAGAAAACUAAUUAUAAAUCUGUAAACAGGAGAAAAUUAAAGGUGGCUGAUCAGGACGAAAAUUUGGACACCUAAAGAGGACAGAGGAUUCUACAGUCUGUGUUCACUCUUUAGAUGCCUGCAGUGUCAUCUAACGAAAUUAAUUCUGAACCAAUAGUCUAAAAACUUGGGAGUUCUUCUAUGGAUGACGCCACAAUUCAUGUUGAAGAUCUAUUCAAAAUUUAAAUCUGUAACUGUCUCUAAACUCUAAGUUCAAAUCACCAUUACCAUACCUAUUAAAAACAAACUAACAGAAGAAUGAAUUAUAGUUUGCUUUCUCUCUGAAAGAUCUUAUUCCCACAUUACUUAAUCAAAUGUGAACAAAUCCUCAUAUGAGGUGGACAGAAAUAAAAUCAAUUACCUCUUA